UUAACUUCAGUCUUACGCCGCGCGUCGACGUGAAUAGUUGUUCCUGUAGCAGUGCACCAACUUAGUUACGUCAUAUUGACGAGUGAUUUCAGUGUUAUGGUGGUUCGAUGGUUUUGAAAUGGUUCGCCAUAAGGAAUCAAAGUAUGCUCUUACGCAUAUUUCUGCGAUAUUUUUGUGGCUGUUCGCGUUUUUUAACGGACUGCACGCAGUGAAAAUAGUGAAAGUAGUUGUGCCGGAAAUAAUUCAGUAUGGUGUUGAGGACGCGGUGUUACUGGACUGUGACUACACAUAUGGUAACGACACAGCUGGUCUCAUGGUGAAGUGGUUCUUCAAGAACAAAGCGAGGCCCGUAUACCAAUGGAUUGCCUCGCAAAAGCCACAAGAUAUGGGCAUAUUACGAGGCCGUGUGGACCUAACAUAUAAAGCCUCUAAUGACCCAUUAAAAAUGCACAGAGCACUACGAAUAGUGAAGCCAAACACAGAUAUUUCGGGAGAUUAUACCUGCGUAGUCUCCACUUUUAUGGAGGAAGAUUCGAAAACAAAACAAAUGAUUGUCUUUGCGCCGGAGACGAACUUCCGGCUGGUGCAGAAUAAGACUGACGAUGACACAGUGAACGUCAUAUGUGCGGCGGACGGCGCCUUCCCCGCUCCUAACCUCACUCUUGCCACGCCUGAGAGGCACUUAGAUGGCGUGUCACAUCACCUAAAGCUGGUCAAUGGGCGGUACUCGGCUGUGGCGACAGUGACGCUACUAGACGCUGACCUGCCUUCCGCGGCUGAGUUCAUAUGCACACUUAGGAUACCGCAAGCCAAGUACGCAGUGCGGAAAGAGGCUAUAUACUAUCCAGGUCCUAUCAGUACGACACCAGAGAUGCCAACCGCUGCAGACAUGCAGCUAGCAGCCGCUGUUGGUUCAAGAGGUUCGAGUGUAAAAACAGCAUUAACGAUACUUACGUUGUCAGCUAUAGCCCAACUGUAUUUGUCAUAGAUAUCUGGAUUUGAGAUUGCUUUGCUGCGUUUCUCUAGUCACAACCAAAUGCUAACAGACUAUAAUCAUAUAAAUAAGAUUAUACACGGAAUUGUAUGUUAUUUAAUUAACUAAAUACUAUAGACAAGUUAUGCACGAAUGACAAAUAUUCUGAGAUGUGGCACACCACAACAGUACCGAUUCUGAUCAUAUUUCCGUUUCAAAGAUCUGUGGCCGUACCCUGUAACUUCUAAUAGCUAUACCGACAGAUCUUGAUCUCAAUCUCAUCUCAAAAUCAGCGCUACAGAUAUUGAACUGCAUCGACAUCGCAUACAAAAACAUCGGCAUAGGUAUUGCUACUGAAACAGAAUACAGUCGCUGCUUCGAAGUUGUUGUUUAUAUGUGCUUUCGGUACUUUGUUAAUGUAAAUUUUAAGCAAUUAUUGAUUUAAUUAGCAGCGAUCAGUGUAAAAAGUCACAAUUCUUAUA